UUCCUUUGCAACCUUUACGUACCAGCCAACCACGAUCUCAAAAUUCACCUAUUUACGACUAGAAUGUGAAGAGGCCUAAACCAGACUGAUAUUUGUUUUUAGGCAUUCAAUUAAUUCUAAUGAGAAAUUGUGAUAUCAAAAAUGGUUCAGUCUAGAGCAGUGCCUAAAGCAAUUGGGCUGAUUGCUCUCUCUAUUUUCCUUUUAGUUUCCUUUUCAUUACUAUCUGUUUACCACGAAGAAAUAUUACAUGCAGUUUUACCGAUUGCGAAAAAACUCUCUCGUCAUCAAUUUUCAUUUUUAAUUCCGCUUGGCUUGAUUGCUGCAGCUUCAGUACCCCCAUUAGUUGGUCAAGAUCCCAUAUCUAUUGUGGUUGGAGCCGUAUGGGGUCUUAAUGCUGGGUUUUGGACAGUUGUCUGUGGCAUCUUUCUUGGAGAGUCUAUUGCAUUUUUAGGAUAUCGUUACUUUUUAGAAGAUAAAGCCCGGGAAUUCCAAAGUCGACAUCAAGAGCAUUAUGGAACGUUUGUCAAAAUUCUUGAAGAAGGAAGCUAUCCUCUUAUUUGGCUAAUUCGUCUUAGCUUUUUACCGACUCAUUUCACCACUGUCUUUUUCAGCACGAUUCCGCACGUGUCCUACAUUGGCUGGUCGAUAGCCUUUUGGUUUUCUUGCUUCAAAUACCUUGUUCCUGUGUAUGCUGGUGUAUGUUUAGCAGCCAAUACUUCCACACCAGCAAAUGUCAUUGGAAUUGUUUUGAGUGGUAUAAUAACAGUUGGUACCUUUGUUUUGCUUCUGUACAAAUACCAGAAAUUAAAGGAACGUCCGACUCCAAUUUCUCGUCCAGUCAGUCGAUCUACAGAGCUAAAUGCUUUAGAGUCCCAGCAUUCUGAAUUGGAUCAUGAUCAAAAUGAGAUAACAAGUGACUACGACAGAGCUGCCCGUGAACGUGAACGUUUACUACCUUCUUAAAAAUGUCUUAGUACAAGUUGGUUUUAUCCAUGCUACAUUAUUCAUAGCAAUCGAGUGGCAUCUGAAGGAUUUAUGUUUUUUUAUACGUUUAAACUCUUCCAGAAAAGUAAUUCAUUCGUUCUACUAAGGUCGACGACCUUUUUAGUAUCCGGAUUCUUUAUAUAUAGCAAAAAGUCUAUACCAGAAGCUAUACUCCCAGUCUUAAUUAUAACAACAUUAAUUUAAUGCAAUUUCAAAAUCGUGUUUCUCAUUAUAAA